AUGUCUCCCAAAGAACCGUGCGCCACAAAUGACCUGCGCACAUCCAGAUGCGCAGUGACGCUCAGCAGGUUUCCCUCACCUGGUCACAGCCUCACGGAUGAAGCCGGUGACACCAGUGGAAACGUGUCUCGGAAGCCACAGACUGUCAUCGGAGGUGAAGACUCUCCAAUGAGGAAUCUGAGACCCAGAAGCAGAGGCAGGCGCAGGAUGAAGGCCAACGACAGGGAGCGCUCCCGGAUGCACAACCUGAACUCGGCCCUGGAUGCUCUGAGGAGGACUCUGCCGGCUCUGCCCGAGGACGCCAAGCUGACCAAGAUCGAAACCCUGCGUUUCGCCCACAACUACAUCUGGGCUCUGACCGAGACUCUGCGCAUGCCCGACCAGCACGGGAGCGCGCAGGAGUACCUGCUGCCGGUGGGAUGCGAUCCGAGCAGCCCGAGCAGUGUGUCGUCUGCGGAGUGGGACUCAGCAGCAUCAUCACCUGCUGAGUGUGGCUGUGUGACCUCAUCCGCCUUUGACCCGAGAAACUCUUACACUUUUGCCCAACAAAUGAAGUGUAAGAUCUUAUCAAGAGAUCCAUCCGGUGUUAUCCCAGUCACCUUUUAUUUCAAGUCAAUCUGUGGUGAGGAUGAUCUGAAAAACACUUGGUGCUUCUGA